GUUGUAUCUACUUAAAGAUGGCGGUGAUUGGUACGCCAUGUUUCUCGUGAUUUUCUCGCGUAUUAGAAAAUUUUUUUGAGAUCUUAAAUUUCGUAUGUGCAACAAUGGCCGAUGAUGAAACAUGGUUAUUGAAGGAAGACGGUUAUCUUAAUUUAGAUUGUGAGUGCAAAAAUAUAAUCUAUCAUCCGAAUUUAAAUGUGGUGCUGAUUACUACUGGGAAUGCGCAAGUGUGCGUUUUUGAUGUCAACUCAGGACUGAUUCUACAACGCAGCUUUCUGUCUGAUAAAUCAGGUGGAAAAUUGCGUGGUACAUAUUUGGCCGAUGGAAUCGACAAAAUAUUGUACACAGAUGGACGAGGAAUAGGCGUUAGAAGUGAUUACAAUGGAGUACUUUUAUUGGAUACAAUAUUACAAACUCCAGUGUCUCGUAGUGAAGAUAUUAUAAAAUUAGAACUACUUCUUUCGGAAGCUGUUUUACUCUAUCAAUGUCUACGAUGUAUAGAUCUACCGGGAGCAGAUCAUUUACAGGAGGUUCUUCAGGAAUUAUCCUCAAAAAUUCAUUCCGGACAUACGAGCCAAAAAAGGGGAAUCAAAGCACAAAAGUGGAACACAAUAUGUUUGGAAUUGCCACAUGGAGCUUUGAAACUCGUGUGCUCUGGACUAGUAAUGGAAUUGAAAAAACAAACGAGGCACAUUCCGGCAUUGCCGAUUGCCUCAGCAAUAAACGAAAGACUCAACGGCCUAAUGCCAAGUGUCAAUAUAGAAGGAAGACCUGUUGAUAGGGCUCUUAUGUUCAGUGAAGCUGCCCGGCGCGAUUCAUUUUCCAAAUGGCCACACAUGAAUUACAGAUGGGCAUUUCCCGAUCAAAUGGCACAAGCUGGCUUUUAUCAUCAGCCAAAUUCAACGGGCGAUGAUCGGGCAAUGUGCUUCACCUGCAACGUGUGUCUCGUCUGUUGGGAACCAACUGAUGAACCAUGGUCAGAACAUGAACGACAUACACCAACUUGUCCCUUUGUCAAAGGAGAAUACACACAAAAUGUACCCCUUUCAGUUACACUUGCAACGGCGCCCGCUCAUAUUUCCGAUGGCAGUGUCGAAAUAAUCGGCACAACAAAUGUUGCCGGUCUUGUUUCCACGGGUACAAAUAAUGGCCUCGUUAAUGUUUGGAAUGUACGCAAUCAGCUCAAGCGCGAGGCCUCUUUCUAUAUUGCAUUAAGCGAUCACGAGAGCAACAAUAAACAAACAAUGCAAUUUUUUGCAAUGUCAAUGGAAUCAGACAGUUAUGAUUCCGAAGCAACAACAAUGAAUUAUUACAAAUCAUCAGUAUCGCAUCGUAUUGAAUUGACAUCAUUGUCGAUAAUUGGUCCAUUAAAAUCAACAAUUGAAGAAACAAGCGAUAAUCUUACAACUAGCAUUCCAAUUAAAACACAACAACAACAACAACAUCAACCACAACAGCAACAAAUACCUUCAUUGGAAACACAAAUUAGGCCUUGUCUUAUAUCGGGAAUUCUUGUCAAUAAUCAUCGUCACAAUCAUCAAUCGCGUAAUCUUGAAAAUGUUUGGGCAUCAACGACAGAUUUAGCAUCAUCAUCAUCACUUGUACAAGCAAUGAAUAGUGUUAAUAGUGCAGCAAAUGAUCGACAAACAAUAAUUGAUAUUAUGAAAGUUGGAAGCGAUUCAACAGCGACUUAUCAACCAAAAAAAAUGCUCUAUUUGGUAUUAUGUGAUUUUCAUCAUAAAUCAGUAUUGCCAAUUGCAUUAAAAAAAGAUGAGGCUAAACAAACAAAAUCAAAGAAAACAUUAUCGGGCACCGGUACAAGUACAAGUUCAAAUGAUGGUAGACAGGAGAAUCUUUAUCAGGAAUUAUUUUUAAGUAAAUUUUUAUUAGAGGAUUUAGUUGAGGAUGUUGAUUCAGAAAUGCUUGUUGGUACACAUUUUGAUAAUAUUUUUCCCACAACACCAUUAACUGCAUCAUCAUCAAAUGGAAUUUGUCCCACACCACUUGUACCACCGCCUGGUUUUACAUUUGAUGCUAAUUUUAAUCCAAUUAAUAGUGGACAAGAAUUUACAAAUUCAGAAAAUAGUAGUGGUUGUUCAAAAAAAAUUCCCGAUGUUUCAAUAACAAAAUCAACAACAACAACAACAAUAACAAGAACAACAAAAAUGGAACCAAGUGUUAUACAAAGUAUAAGAAUUGAUGCACCGGAAAAUAUGAAAAUUAGUUUUAUCUCGGCAACAAAAGACGGACGACAUUUGUAUGUUGCAUUAUCGCCAAUUGAAAAAGAAUGUUCAACAACAACGACGACAACAACAACAAUUCGUAUGGAUAUUGAUGAGGAGAGUGAAUUUUUUCCACAAAAAAGUUUUAUGUAUUGGGAUCAUAAUGAAACGCAAAGUAGUGAAAGUUUAUUGUCAAAUGGUGAUGAUGAGAGGAGAAAUUUGGAAGUUAAUAAUGAUGAUGGUGGUGAGGAGGUGAAUGAGGAUAAUAAUGAUGAUAAUGGUAUUAAUAGUGAAAAGGCAAUAUUAUUGAUAUAUGCACUUGAUUUUACUGAUAAAGUUGUGAGAAUAAUACCUGAUCCAUUGGUACGUCAAGAAUUGCCAGCUGAUGAAACGCCAUUGGAACAUGUUUUAUUGCCAAUACAAGAGAAAAAUCGUAAUAAAGCUGUACAACGUGGUGAACCAUUUGGACGUAUUGCAUUAGUUUGUAAGGAUGGUGUUGUUCGUGUAUUGAAUUUAAAUAAUUUAAAAACUGUCGCACGAGUACGUUUAGAGGGACAGAAAUUUGUAUCAGCCGCCUAUUGUACAAGUUUAGAAAGAUUGUGCGCGUGUACAAGUAAUGGAGCGCUUCACUUUUUUGCAACGACGGAAGAAGAUGAAAUACCAGAAGAAAUGGAAGAAACUGAAGAUUUGAAAAUGAUCACUGAAAUUAGUUGCGUUAAUGAACGAACCGAACCGAGUACAUCAACGUCUUCCACUGUGUAUCAGGAACCGAUAAUAGCGCACAGGAAUAAUUUAAGUUAUGCCGAUUUAAAGACACUUUAUGAAUUAACAAAGUUUGAUAAACAUUCACCCGCUUAUAGAGCAAAUGUCCCGCCAUGUUGGAGUGAAAUGAUGCAAGCACAAAGACAACGACAUUAUCCACAACAUUUGCAUCAAGCUGAGGAUCAACAUCAUACGAGAACUUGGCGUUUACAAAAUGAUGCAUCAACAUGGGAUGAACAUAUUUUUGAAUUAACAUUACCAAGAACAGCGUCGGGUGUUGUUGGACAUGUUGAUGUGAAAUUUAAUUUACAUUCACCAUGUCCUGAAUUGCCGGCAAUUCAAGUGACAUUAUUGAAACAAAGUAUAUUUAGUAUUGGUCAUCAUAAAACGCCAAUAACAUCGGUUGAUGAAAGAAUUGAUUUUAGUCUUGGAUUAGAUCAAAAAGGUGAAAAUCCCGUUGUCACUGAGGAAUAUCAACGUCAACAUAAUACAGAAAUACUUUGUGGUCCAAUUAAUUUACAACGUUGUAUGGAUUUAUCUGAUCAUUCUGGUUGUGCAACAUUAACAAGUCCAAAAUUAUUUCGCGCUAAAUCAAAUUCAUCUUGUACAUUGUUGGUUCAUAUCAAGGCACUCGUCGAUCCAAUUAAAGAUGGAACAAGUUCAAAAUCAAGAAUGAAUGUGGAAUCAAAACCACCGACGUCGAAAAAAUUGAGAAUAGACGAAGCUGGACCAUUAUUGCCGGGCGCAAGUGUCGAGAGAUACGCGGCUAAUGCAUCGAAAAAAUUGAAUUCCUAUAUUGGUUGCGAUUGGAUUCAUGAAAUUUCAAUUAGCGUGAGAAAAGUUUUACCAACAAAUAUUCCACACGAGAGAAUACAACGUUGUGCAAUGUUGGAAUCAAAACAAUUUAUCAAUAAUCUUUUGUCAGUUGCGUGUCUACAGACUUCGGAUAAAUCAGCAAUUACACAAUCGAUUGCUCUCGAUAUUCUCAUUUGGGUAGUCGCAAUAAGAUUAACAAGACUGAGAACAUGUCAAAAUAGUGUCGAGACAAAAGCAAUGCAAUUGGAAACUGUACGCUGUGUCCAAGCGAAACUUUCAGCUUUAUUGAGAACAUGUCUUUUGUACGCUGGACGAAGUAUUUCACACAAAUGCAUAAAACUCAUCGUUUUGUGUAGCGAGGGUCUUCACAAUUUGGACGAUCCAUUGCCACAUUCAUUUGAAGAGGCUGUACUUACAAUUUGUGUAACAUUAUUGCCAUCAAUUGUCAAUGUACAAUGGUCGGGUUCAUUGCGUUGGUUUGCAAUUCUCAUAACGCGUCUAUUGCCACUUGAUCGUAAUCAUGCAAUAGCACAACAAUGUAUAACAUUAAUGCAACAAAUAUCAAUGGAAAUGUCAAAUCGUGUGAAUCCACAUCAUUUAUUGUUGGCAACAAGAUUUGGCCUUUAUAAUUCGCCAUUUGAAACUGAACUUUUUGACAUGGAUCCACCAGUGCCGCCAAAAUUCAGUUCAACACCAGUUACAUAUGCAAGUGCAGUUUCUGGUGAGCCAACAAUAACAUCAAUAACAACAACAACGUCAAGUCAUUCACAGGAUUCAAUUGAUUUACGUGAUCUUCUCACAUUACCGUCGCAUCAUUCAAGUGAGACUAUUGUGCCGAGUAAACUUUAUCUCAAAACAUUGAGCGCAAAUCACAGUAUGAAAGGAUUGCUCGAGGUCGAGCCACUGCAUUUUACGUGUCACGCCGCUUCGGACGGAACGAAAAUGGAGAAAAUCGACACUGGUGCAAAUAAUUUGGUGAAUAUGGCGCCAAUAAUUUACGACAGUCCACAUCCAGGAAGUGGUUUCAAUUCAGGACUUGGAAUCAAAAUAAUUCAACAUUCAUACAAUUUGGAUGAUGGCUCGCUUGGACCAGAUCUUCAGGCUAAGUUUACAACUCUCUAUGACAGUUUUAUAAAUCAUUGUAAAGCUGAAAUAACAAAGAAGCCAACGGUACAUCUAUCGCUGACACCUGACGAUCGGUCAAUAAGUGAUGAAGUUAGUAUGCCCGAUGAAGCUCAAUACUGGCACAUUCUUCAAAAUGAUAGCUCUCACGUGUUAGAUUCAACUAUUGCUAAAGAAAAAUCCUCGGGUGCAAAUAAUGUUGGUACCUCAACGAGCAAAAAUGAAGACAACUGUGCAAAAAAGAGAGACGAGGUCUAUUUUCCCUGGGGAAGAUUACUUUGUUGGCCACCACAGCAGGCGUUAGUUGUUGAAAGAAUGCAUUCGGGAGCAAGAAGAUUUGUUAUUCUUGAUUUUGGAUCGUCAGUUUUACUCACCGAUUUAAUGAUUCCAUCGUGUGUUGAUUUGGUGUCAUUGUCAAUUGAUAUUUGGAAUAAAAGCGAAGAAUUAGAUGGAACACGAUUGGCCGUUGCUGGUGAUAUUGGAUAUAAACCACUUGUGAUUAGUGAUCUUCAACCACCACCUGUUUGCCGAUACCUUAAGAUUACGAUGAUUGGUAGAUAUGGAAUGACAGUGACAAGAUGUAAAAUUCCAUUGGGAAUGUUUUACGGUCAUUUAGUUAUUUUGCCAGGAGAAGAUUAUUCUGAAUUAAAGGCAAGUCAAUCGAGUCUCAGUGGAAGUGAGGCAAAUAUGCAAGCGACAGUUGAAUCACAAUGUCAAAUUUUGUCAGCUUUGGCCGAAGAUGUUCAAUGCAGAUUCAGUCUGGCGACAGAAAAAUUGAAGAGCUUUUUGGAUCCUCUUCUUUGUACAGAAACACCAAAUGUCGUUCACAUGCAACAUUAUCUUUCGCAGAAUAAAAAUUCGUCGGAAAGCAAGGAACAACCAUCGGCAAAAAUUCUUGCUACAUAUCAGGAAUGCAUUAUGUUUCAACAUCAAUUAAAUGUCGUACGUGGAGUUUGGAGACGAUUAGAAUCGUGGCGAGGACCACGAAAUGUGCCCUCAAGUUCCUUGGCGAGUGCUUCCAGUGAUAAAUUAAGAAUACUUGGCGAAACAUUGUUAGACAUUUUAUUAUACACCGUUUAUGAAAUUGGACCCGUUCCAAGUGUUCCGGCAACAUUGUAUGAGGCAUUUACGCCGGGAAUUUGUGAGAAACUUUUUAAAUCAAUUUGUGUUGUGACACCGGCACCGCGUCUACAGCUUCACGCUGUUGCAUUGCUUGCAAGAAUGGCCGGACAUCAACCAUGGUGGGGAAAUUUCCUUGCGAACACACUCACAACACUAUUCACGGCUUCGUCAACACAUAUUUUCCCACAAGACAGGGUCUUCAUUUUACUAACAUUCCUUGGACGAAAAUCGCUGAUAACAGGCGCAAAUAAAUCAUCGGUUAUUGACGCGAUGGUCCGUACGCUUGGUAGACUACUGGCCCCAAUUUCCAAUCGGGAACAAUCCAAUUCAAAUCAACUGGACACAACACUCAUUAGUUGGGUCCUUCUCUUUCUCUCUGUAUGUUUAGACACUACCGCUUCACAUUCCCAAUAUCUCGAUGAUAAUCACGAGAAAAACAAAGAACAAGGACUUUCGUCACGAUGGGACUUUAUUCAUGGUGAAUCGUCAAUGCAACGAAAAUAUUCAAAAUCAAAUCGUUCGUCGAGUUGUACGAAUCAUAAGAGAAAAUUACAAAAACGAUUGAUGCAUCAUAAGCAACAAUUGCAGGAUUUUGAACAGGCAAAAAAGGCAUUUCAAGCGACUUCGCAGGCACGUUCGGCAUUAUCGUCGCAAGCAGCAACAUUGUCGAGUAAACUUGAGGCUGCAUUAAAAUCGCAAGAGCGAUUUUUUAAGAAAACAGCAAAACAACAUUCCGUGAAGCAUAUUAAGGAUUUAUUAUCAAUGAGCAAUGAACUUUAUUCAUCGCGAAGCUCACGAAUUCAGUCGCAUUCGAGUGGACGCAGAACGGAAAGUAAUGAACCGGAAGUUGAUUACAUGACAAAUCUAUCGCAUCAAAAUGUUUUGCCAGUUGCCCGAGGACUCGUUGCUUUAAUUAUAAAUAAUUCUUCAAAUAUGGACAUGUUUCUUCUAGCUUGCAAGGUAGUAGCGAGGCUUGUUAUUUCUACGAGGCCCGCAAUUAGUUUAGGCGAGCUUAUGACUGAGGAACAACUUUUGAAACUUGUAAAAUUAGCAACUGGAUCAUCGGACACAGCCUGGUCGAUUCACGCAGUUUCCUGUUUACUUCAAGAUCUUCUCGAAGGUGGAAGAUUGUAUCCACGUUUAACGAAUGCACAUAAAGCAAGUCCAUCGGAGGAAAUUUUCGAUCCACUUGGCGCUGAGGAAGCUCGAGGUGGUGGAAAUGAUGAAGCAGAACCGGCACCAGUUGCUGGCACUAGUAAUUCAUCGAGUACAUUGGGCGCCGAUGAAGGUUUUGCCGAUGGCGAUGACGAUACACAAGACAGUAUUGUUGUUAAUCCACCCAAUGCCUCAACAUCGAAAUCAAAUGGUUUUAGUCUUCCUUCACUUUUUGAGUCUGACGAUAGUGAACUUGAAAUUUAUUUAGACGAUAUUCUUGAACGUGGCAAGAGUAUUAUGAAAAAAGGCGGAACCAUACCGAAAUAUCCUUCGUCAUCAAGUUCCUGGAGUAAUUCUAGGAUUUCUCGUCCUAGGACUUUUGUAUCCUUGGCGGUGGAUGCACGAUUGGAAUAUGGAGUCGAAACUGCAGUUGAAAUUGCUUUAAGAAGACUUUCAACACUUGGCGCUUAUAAUUUACCUCUCAGUUUAAACGCCACGAUUAAUCCUCCGACGGAAACGACAAGAAAUUCACAAUCUGGCGUUGGCGGUAGUUCAAGACAAAAUCCAGGAUGGAACGAACGAAGUCAGGAGACGUGGAAUUCAAACGAUUCUGUACCAUCAAGUCUAAUGAUGCUUACACGUUGUUUUGAUAAAAUUUUCUCCGAAAUGUAUAUACAGAGAGAUGGAACGAGCUUUGAGCUUGUUUUACAACUUUGGUUAACAUUAAAUUUGGACGCAUCGACGGAAUUAAAUAAUUCAUCACAAUUUGAUACAUCAUUGACGCCUGUGAUUCCAUUGAGUUCGACGGCAAUUUCGGGCAUUAUUUCCGUACUCUCAUGGCAUUCGUGCGUCUCAUUGAGAGCAUGGUGUCAUGCCUUGCAAUGUUUAACAUUGGCAAGUAAUCAACCAUUGCAAACCGACGCGCCGGAAGCUGCAAAUUGUAGUACACCACUCGAUGGUCUUUUAGGUGGAAUGGCCGGUUGCAUUGUCAAGGAACGAAAUAUGGGACCAAUGCUCUUGAGACUUUUAUCAGGAAGUGGUCUCAAUGUUGACACAUCGGACAAACAAUAUGGAAUGGCUGGACCAAUUGUUUGUCAAGCGCUGCAAGAUUUUCUCGUACGCCUGGAACUUUGGUGCGAUGUAAUAACACCUGGCAGUACAUUGGGCAAUGCCCUCAAGGAAUUACUCCUUUGGCUUGUCUAUCAAUUGGUACAACCCGGUGGACCAUUGGCAGUGCGUCGUGGACCACUUGAUGCACAAUGUAAAUUAAUAACAUCGUUAUUGAAUUUAAAUUUUACACACACCGAUCUUGGAACUGCAAUGAGUAUCACGGAAUGUGUUAGUGAAUUGGUAUCGACCUAUGUUCGUGGCUAUGGAGUUGAGGCACAAUGUCGUGGUCUUGUUGAUUCGACAAAUCCAUCAAAUAAUUUUGGUGGCCUCUACGCUUGUGUUCUUGGCGGUGAUGCACGACAAAAUCGUCCCGCCUCGUGGGAUUCAUUGAUUGUUGCACUUAUUAAACUUGUUUGUCGUUUGGUGCAAACACCAUUGCCAAGUGUAAGAAGCAGUGUUGCUGCGGCGGCGGCUUCUUCUUCAUCGUCUUCAAUGACGGAAAUUAUGGAAUUAGGCGAAGCUGUGAAUCAACAGCGAAAUUGUGGUAAAAUGGAAGCGCAAUCUUCGUCAUCGUCACAAACUGAUGAGAGUAAAGUUGCUGAACAAACGUCGAUGAAAAUGCAGCAACAACAGCAACAGCAGCAGCAACAACAGAGUGGAACACCGAAACCGAGAGUACCUUGUGUUGCUGAUACGGUUUUACAGCAUGAGCCAACAAUGAUGAGAUUAUUGGGUGCACUUGGUCAUAGUACGGGAUCAUCUUUGGCUAUGUUACUCGGCGAUAGUUCCGCAAGUAAAGCGACAGCUGAUCUUGGUGAUCCGCCUUCAAUUCCCGAUGCGACAUUCCAAUUAUUAUCGACACUCACGAAAAAGGCGAGCAGUCCAACUUUGGUGUUGAAUCCUGUUAAUCAAUAUCUUGCAUCGUCAUGCGGAAAAUCAACACUAAGUCGACAACUUGGAAUGAUGCAACUCUCAGAGCCUCUUCUUUGGUAUAUUCUCCGCGUAUUGGACAAUGAAACAUCAUUGGCAAUAUUCACUGGAAUGGGAGGUGUUAAAGUACUUUGUGAAAAUCUCGUAAAAUCAAGUAAAGCAAACAAUGAAGGUGGUUAUGCGUCACCUGGUGUUAUUGCACUUGUUAUGCAACAUCUUUCAAAUACACCAAAUCUCAUUGCAUCAUCGUCAUCGUCGGCUUCUUCAUCGUCGUCAACGACAACAACAACAACAACAACAACGACAACAGGUGGUAAUAGUGGUUUAGUUAAUUUUGCACCACUUGGAACAAUUACUUGGGUUAAUUCAACGGCACAACCCGCUGAUGUUUUAAUACAAAGUCCAACGCCACAAAGAAGAACGCGAACUGCCGCUUGGACAUAUCAUUUUUAUCCCGAUGAGGCGUGGGUUGAUUUAACAAUAACAUUGAAAUGUGCAAUUUUACUUAAGGAAGUUGAAUUACAACCACAUGUCACAUCAUUGGCAACUUGUCCAUCGGCUGUUGCAUUGGAAAUUGCACGCGAGGCAAAUUCAGCAAUGACACCUGUUUGUCCACCAAUGUCAACGUCGGGAUUGACAUUUAUUAAAAUUACACUUUCGCAACCAAAAGUUGCAACCGCUGUUCUUGUGAGGCUGUAUAAACCAAAGGAUUCGGCUGAUAUUAGUUUGAGCAAUAUUCAAAUACUCGGAACAACAGCAUUUGGUGAUACAAAAUCAAUAGCCGAAUCAUUGGACGAGGAACAAUUGACAAAAAAAAGUUUAGGCUGGUUACGAUUGUUACAUCAAUGUUUAUCAGUUAGUGCAAUGAAUUCACGACUCGCCGAUGAAGUAUUAAAUUCAGCAGCUUCAGUCGAUGGUCUUGUUGAAUCAUGUUGUAAUCUUUUAUUAUUACCAGCACCAUCUUUAUUCACAUCAAAUCUUGAACGUGUUCUCUUUCAAUUGGGUUUACAUUCACGUGAAUUGGGAUUAUUAUUGAUUAAUUUAUUGCUCAAUAAUCGUUCGGCAACAUUAUUUCAAGCAUCAACAUCAACCCAAGAAACAUCAACUGUACAAAUGGUUAUUGAAUUAUUACAACAACUUUGUUGUUCACAAGAUGCACAUUGUGCAACGCGAAUGAUUGCCGUACUCGAGUGGCUUGAGGAAGUUGCACGAAAUUGUUCAAAUCAAACGCAAAAUCAAUAUUCAUCGCCACCAGCUGUUUAUAUACAUUGCAUUUCGUCCGUUAUUUGGAAAGUUUCAAAAUUGGAACCGCCAAAAUAUAAUUUAUCAAAUCUUCUAACGGACAAUUUAUUCGAUGCACUUUAUCAAUGGACAUUAAUAUUGGAUCCACAUUCAGCUUUAAAAGAAGCUGUUGAUUCAGUGCUUUGUGCAUUUUGUCACGUUCAAUCGAAUGCAUUUUUUAUGCUUUUUCAACGUUUACAAAUUUUCAUACCAGUCUAUUGUGAUGAUCAUCAUUUAUCAUCAUCAUCAUCAUCAUCAGCAGCAGCAGCAGCGGUAGAAGCUGCUGCUGCUUCAUCAUCAUCAUCAUCAUCAAUAUCGGAUGAUAAAAAAGAAACAGAAAUACAAACAGACGAUACAAAAAGUGGUAUUAAAACAUUAUUCACGGCAAAUUUAAUGCUCACUGAAAAUCGUUAUCUAAAUCUUACUGAGGGACAAUUAUUGACAAUUGCCGCUGUUUCGCGUUCACCAAUUAUUAUUGAAAAAUUAAUACAAGAGGGCCUACCUUCAUUUCUCAUUGAUAUUAUCACUGAAUUUUGUGUCAUUGAACAGGCGAAAUUUAAUCGUCAACAACAAUCGUCAAUUGUCAUUGAUGUGGGAAUGAAAAAUAAUAAUUGUGAAAAUGCCCGACUUACGGAUAAUGAUAAAGUUGCUGGCGAACAACAACAACAACAACAACAAAAUAAUCAUUCUGGUUUAUUGAUGACUGAACCGGAGAAUAUUGCCGUGAUAUUGGAAUUUUUAUCGCUUGUCUGUUCAGAGGGAAGAAUGCGCGAUUGGUUAGGUAAAGAGGGUAGUGAAUUUUGGUUACCAUUAUUAUCAUUAUUAAGUAAUCGACCAAUUGAAAAUCCUUCGAUAUCAUUGUCACGUAAUUCAAAGACAAGUCUUGCCUAUGGUACAUUAGAAAGUGGAAUGAUUAAAUUUUUAUCAAAAUGUUGUUGGUGUCAUCCGGCAAAUCAAAAAUUACUCGCUGAAUUAUUAACGGAUGUGAUAUUACAACAUCGAACACCGCCAAAUAUACGUUAUUUACAUGGAAUAUCGGGUUUCACAAGGCGUUUAAUUUUACAAUUAUUAUUGGAAGGUGAAAAAGUACUUGUCUCAGUGACAUCGGAAACGCCAAUGAAAAAUUCAAAUACAAUUGUUAAUUAUAAUAUGCCAGUGAUACCACCACAUCCGGCACAUCCAUUGGGACAUUAUCAUCAAUUACUUUAUAUGUCAACGCAAGCGACUGUUGCCGAUAUAUUGCAACAGGUAUUUGGUACUUGGCUUUUGAUUUUGUUGCCGAAUAAUAAGGGAAAUGAGGCGAGCACAAGCGGAAUGAAUCAUCCAAAAGAAUUCUGGGAAACUGACAUGUCCCUUGUUGCUGGUAGUUUAAGUGUAGCUGCCGGUAAUACAGCAAAAGAUAAACGUGCAAAAGAAGCAUCAAAUCGUUCACAAGCACGUGCUCCACAUCCAAUGUUACGAAAAUCACGUUUCACAACCGAUGCAAUACAAUCGUCAUCAUCGUCCUCAUCAUCGUCGGCUGCAUCAACAUCAAAAUCAUUGUCAAGUCUUGCCGCAGCUGCGACAAGUCAUACAAAUAUCACUAAUCAACAGUACCUGAUACACACAUCGCAUCCAAAUGUUCCCCUACCACCUGAAAUGACAAUCGCUCAGCUACUUUCAAUCACUGCCGAUUCUGGUGUUUCUCUAUCUGAUCCGUGUCUUCAUUUAAUUCUACGUCAACGAAAUAAGGAUACAAUAAAAGAAUUGGAUUUAACAAAAACAUCACCACUCUAUAAUCAUUCAUCGAGUAUUGAUUCGUCACUUGAAGUUUUUAGUUCGGGUGGUGGUCUUGCGGUGCUUGCAAAACAUUUACCAUUGGUUUAUCCCGAUUCAGGUAGGCCAAGUGCAAUUGUUGAAAAAUCACCAUCACCAGAACAAACUGAUGCCGAGUGGGUGAAAAUUGAACCAAAUGAAUAUGAAUAUGAUUUAGAAGAGGGCGGUGGACCAGUACAAGAGACUAAAAUAACGCCACCAACGCCAAAUGUUCCGCCACAUUCGCUUACGGCUUUUGGUUUGUUUUUGAGAUUACCUGGCUAUUCGGAGGUAUUGUUGAGGGAUAGAAAACGAGCGCAAUGUUUAUUGAGAUUGGCAUUGGGUGUGACUGACGAUGGUGAAGGUGGGGAAAUUUUAACGUCGCCUAUUGCAACAUCAUUGCCGACACUUCCAUUUCAGGUAUUAAAACAAUUACUCGAGGACACACCGCCAACAACAGACGAUGGUCUUCUCUUGCGAAGAACAAUAAUUGACGUUGGUGCUGUUUUAUUGCUUUUGAAUUGUUUUGCAAUUUUCACACAUCAAACAGGACCGCAAACAGGUGAAAUUGAAACACAAAAAUUGGGUGGCAAUGGAAAUGGACGUAGCGAUGAUAAAUCACAUCUCUAUUGGGCAAAAGGCACUGGUUUUGGUACAGGAUCAACGGCACAAAGUUGGAAUGUUGAACAGGCAUUAAUGCGACAACGUUCUGAAGAGGAGCAUGUCACUGUAUUAUUACAAGUACUUGCAAGUUACAUUGGUUGUUGUGAUCAACCACAAAAAGAAUUACCCGCACAAUUUCCCGAAUUAUUAUCAACAUCUUGUUUAAUACCAGCGCUCUCAUCAUAUUUACGUAAUGAUUCAGUAUUGGAUAUGGCAAGGCAUAUUCCAUUAUAUCGUGCUGUUUUACAAUUAUUGAGAGCAAUGGCAUUGUCAUGUCAAUUGGCACCAUUAUUAUUGCCAUCGUCAUCUUCGUUUUCAUCGUUGAAUGGCGAUAAAACAACAACAACAAUAUCGUCUUCGGAUCCAUCGAUUGUUUCAUUAUUAUCGAGUAUGAGAGUUUGUGUUGAUACUUAUAUGAAUAAAAUUAAUAGAACGAGGGGUAGUAAAAAGAAUUCAACAACGAAAUAUCCUGAACAACAGCAGCAGCAGCAACAACAACAACAACAACAACAACAUUCAUCGGAAGAUGAUGAGGGUUUAGCGACACUUAUUUCUGAUAUUCAAGAGAGUAGCACUGUUGUUGAGAAUGCAACAGCGAGAUUAAUGGGAAUUAAUGACGAGAGAGCUGGACCAAGUCCAUCGGCACCUGAAUUACCAUUGAGAAGCAUUGAGCAGAGAUAUUUGGAAGUUAUGAAGAGACUGCAAUUUGAUACGUUUGAAAUGAUAACGGAGAAUCCAGACGGUGGUGGAUAUAAAUUUGCCGUUUCCUAUCAUUUUGAAUCAAAUAUGAGAGCAACCGGUGAACGAAGUCACCCAACGAGAGUCAAGAGACUGGCACAAGAGGCUGUCACUCUUUCUACAGCACUGCCACUUUCCUACAGUAGCAGCGUUUUUGUAAGAUGUGAUACUGAUAGAUUAGAUGUCAUGAAGGUGCUAAUCACUGGACCAGCAGAAACUCCCUACGCCAAUGGCUGCUUUGAGUUUGAUGUUUAUUUCCCAGCGGAAUAUCCAAAUAGUCCAAUGAUGAUUAAUUUAGAAACGACUGGUUGUCGAACAGUUAGAUUUAAUCCAAAUCUUUAUAAUGAUGGAAAAGUGUGCCUCAGUGUAUUAAAUACUUGGCACGGUCGUCCUGAAGAAAAAUGGAACGCUCACACUAGCAGUUUUCUCCAGGUUUUAGUAUCAAUUCAAUCCCUGAUUCUGGUUUCGGAACCGUAUUUCAAUGAACCAGGAUACGAGCGCUCUCGGGGAACUCCUAGUGGCGCUCAAUCUAGUCAAGAGUAUAAUGCUAAUAUUUGCCAAGCCACUGCGAAAUGGGCAAUGCUUGACCAAAUACGAAAUCCAUGUCCUUGUUUUAAAGAGGUAAUUCACACGCAUUUCUGGCUUAAGAGGCAUGAAAUUGUCGCACAAAUCGAAGGAUGGAUACGAGAUAUGGAAAUGCAUGGGGCAGAUCGAAGGUCAGGCAGAACCAUUUCCCUCAAUGCUUUAGCUCUAAGGCGACAUUAUAGGCUAUUGCGAGAAGAGCUAAAUAAACUGCCAACGCCGGAUGGACUUGAGGAUUUAGUUGAACCAUUGCCAUCGCCCGGCUCACCAAUUGAACUCUCAGGCACACCCGGUACGCCAAGUUCGCCACCAUCGUCAGUUGUUGUUCAAUCAACAGCAACGAUAAACGCACCUCACAAUAAUCCAAUUGCCUCCAUCAGUAAUGCCGCCGCCGCUGCCGCAAAUCUUGUACAUCACGAGAUUGACACCGACGUCGAAAUGGAGAAAAUGGUUUCCAAAGUGUGCGAAUAGCUAAUGAGUGUUAGUUGAUCAUGAUAAUUGAGAUUGUUGGACAUUUUAAAAAGUCUAUUUACUAGUGUUUUUAUCCGACGAGAUGGUUAUUUAUUUUAUUUUCCUUUUUUUUUUUUUUUUUUUCUUUUUUUUAAUCCUCCCCGCCAAAAAUUUAUUUUCCCGAAAGUAAAUUUCAAAUCGUCGAAAAAAAAAAACCCCCCUCAAAAAAAGAAAGAAACCAAAAUUGACUACGAAUUUGUAAAAAAAAAAAAAAAAAUUGGGAAUUUUAUUUACAGAUGAGAAGAAAAAUGUGUGUGAUUUUUUAUUGACACUGAGUUUUUAAUUUUCAAACGAGUGUGUUAUUAUUAUUAUUCUGUAAAAUCGACUGACGAGAAAAAAAAGGAAAGAGGCAAAGAAAAAAAAUGUGAUGAAUGUUGCUGCAUGAGAGAAUGUGAUUUAGUUUUCUUUUUUUUUUAUUUUUCUUUAGAUUAAUCGCGAUUUAUUCUCUUUCGCUAAAAUUUUUCAUAAAAAAGAAAAAAUAUGACUAGAGCGAAAUUCAUCUUUUUCUUUCAAUGUGUCGAGAAUAUUUUCUUUCUUUUUUUUUUGUUUUUAUUCGCACCUUGAUCACGAAAUUAAUUUUCCUCUUUUUUGAAAUUUUUAUCUCUAUUUUUCCCUUUUUUUUUCUAUUUUUCAAAUUUUAUUUCCGUUUUAUUUCUUAUUAUUUCUCAUUUUUUUAAAUUUCUUUUUAUUUUCUUUUUUUUUUAUUUUAAUUUCCAUUUUAUUUGUAUUAAUUUCGUUUGUUUUUUUCUCCCAUUUUAUUGAAAGUGAUCUCGGUACGAAAUUCCGAUUUUUUUUUUUAAAAAAAAGAAAGAAAAUUGUAUUUUUUUUAAAAAAAUUUCUAGAUACGUUUUGUAUUUGUUUUCUUCUAAUUACAAAAAUGCGCUAAUCAAAAAAAAAAAAAAAAUCUCAAAGAUCCUUUUCGUAUUCAUUUUUUUUUUUUAAAGACGAAAAGAUCGAGUCAAUUAAAAACUAGCGAAAACAAAAAUAGAAAAAUUAAUUACUCGAAGUAAUUAAUUUUCAAUGACUUUUUUUUUCUGUAAGACAAAAUUUGUGUUAAAAUCUUUCUCCUUAUUAUUUUUUUUUUGUACUUUUUCUUUUAAAAAGAAUUUAAUGUUCGUUUUUGUUGCGCGGAAAUUUUGUUUUAACAAAAAUCAAGAUGAAAAAUUUAAGCGCCUUUUUUUUUUUUUUUUUCUUUUAAUCUAUUAAUAAUAUAUAUGUAAUCUUUUUUUUCCAAUUUCUAUUUUUUUAAUUUCUCAAAAAGAAAUUUGAUUUUUUUUUUUUUUGUAAUUUUUGUUAUUUAACGAGUGUUUCAGAGAAAAAAAAAAAAAAGAAAAAAAAAUGGAAAAAGUGCAUUCAAUGUAGAUAGUGUGUGAUUUAUUUAGUUAUAUAUAUAUAAAUAUACGCGACGAUUGUGAGAGCGCCAUUUACCGUUAAAAUACAAAAAAAAAAAAAAACAAAAACAAAGGAAACAAAAAACCGAUUACUGUAAAUAAUCUUUAAUAAGUAAAUCGUAUUUCACACACAUACACAAACACGAGAGCAGUAAAUAUGCAUAGAUAUGUGUUUAUAAUUAAAAAAAAAAAAGUAAAACUGCAAGAAUGCUCCAAUUUAAAAAAAAGAGUAUUGUAUUUGACGCAUGAACUCCGGUUUAAAAAAAAAAACGAUUAUGAUGAUGAUGAACGAUGUGACGUGAUUUAAAUGCUUGAAGAACGGAGAAAACUAUGUUAAUAAUUAAUUAUUUAUAAUAAACUAUUAUCACGCA